AUGUCACUGUCACGAUUGUCAAAAUAAUAAGUUGCGCAAUUUCAUAAAAUUACUGUAAAGAUAAGCGGUUUUAAGCAAGAAAUCAUCAAAUUUUUCUAACAAAAUUGUGUAUUUUACGUAAAUACUUCAUAAAUUUUUAUCCUGUGUACUUAAAUAGGUAAUUGGAAUGUUGACCAGACUUGGCGCGCGUUGUUUCUCUACGGAGGCUUUGAAAGUUGUCAACAAUGUCGCUAAGCAACAGUUUCAAGUAACUAUGGGUGAUUAUGAUGCAACUUUGAAGUAUGAUAAACAAGGGAAGGAUGACAUAACAUUUACCCAUACUGAUGUUCCACCAGUGUUCCAAGGUAAAGGAGUUGGAAGCAAAUUAGCUAAGUUUGCCUUUGACUUUGCUCGGGAUCACUCACUUAAAGUGACUUGCCAAUGUCAUUUUUUGGCUCACUAUUACAAGAACCACCAAGAUCAAUACAAGAACCUCAAGAUUAAGUUUGACUUAGAGGAGGAUGAGAAUACAAAAUAAUUAACUUAGUAUCAAGUAUCAACAAUGGACUUAGCUUGGAUAAGGUGUAAUAUAUAUUAUUAUUUUAGAGAAAAAUGUUUUGGUAAUGCUAAAAAACUUGCUGAGAAAGCCUCAAAACAAUAUGGUGAUGCUGCAGAGUUUCUAUUUUAUAGUGGACUGGCCAGUAUACUGGAAGGACAAGUCCAAAAAGGCAUCAGUGAGCUAACUCCCUUGCAAUCUGAGAAAGACCUUCAAUUGGCUGUUGUCAUUGCUCUGAUAUAUGGGUAUAAACUAAGUAGUCCAACAGAGAGGGAAGCCUUGUACAGCCUCGAAUCUAAACUUAAAGAAGAAAAGAAGCAAGCCGGCACUCUGUCUUUCUACUAUGCCGGAUUAUUCUUAUCUUUUGCUGAAAAGUAUGAAAAGGCUUCAGAGUACAUUAACAAGUCGUUGAGGAAAGAUGCCAAUAAUUUAGAAGUAAUUAUCUUGAAAGGCUGGAACGACAUGUACAUGAAUCUCGGAGACAUGCAAGUGUCUAUACUGGAUUGCCUGGAGUUAGCUCUCAACAAGAGUGAUAGAAACAUUGAAGCAUUACUAGGAUUGGCCAAGUUUAAAUAUUUCUCCAAAGACUAUGAUGCCUCAAAUCUAACUUUAGACCGACUGAUUGUAAAUAAUCCCGGACAAGUUGUGCCAUUAGUAGAGAAAAUGAAAAAUGAAUUUGCUUUGCAAAAAUGGGAUGCAGUUUAUGAUACAAUGGAAAGAAUAUUUCCCCUUGAUCCAGAUAAUAUUGAGGCAUUGAAAAUUAAGAUAUUUAUUGCUCUUUGCAAAAAUGCUGAUUAUAUAGAAGCAGCUGAUCAGUUGAACAAGUUCUUUGCUGUACUAGAGAAUGAAGAACCACACAAUGCAUAUCAGUUUUACAAUACAACACAGAUAUUCUCAAGGUCUUGUGGCAGGUCGAGUGCUGUGCUCUCACAAGUGUAUAGAUUUGCUCAGUAUGCCUCAGAAAUGAAUCCAGGCAAUGUGGAUUACUUAAGCGAAGUUGGAUAUCAAUGCAUUCUUCAAGGAAAGUACAAAGAUGCUCUAAGCUUUUUCAAGGCAGCUAGCAAAAUAGAUAGUAAUUCUAUUACUGCACUAUGUGGAUUAACACUAUGCCAAAUGAAUGAGCAUGGCCCAACAGAACAGAUAGCUCAGCAGAUAGAACUCUUGUUUGAAAUGCAAGGAAGCUCCAAGCUUCCAGUUUUGUACCAUUUAUCAGCACAGCUGAAUUUGAAGAAUUCUUCUAGUGCCAUAUCAUUUUUGAACAACGCUUAUGAAACUAAAAUCGCGUACGCAAAUCGCAAUCCUUUCAGCUUAGCAUAUGUGAAGGAUUUAGAUCCAGAUUUCCUUUUGGAAGUUUAUAAGGAGUAUAAGAAACAUCUGCCUAAAAAGCCGUUUAUAAUUGUGGGAUAUUUGAUGUAUUCACAAGAAGUGAAGAAUCCCGUAGUAACACAUUGUUUGAAGUUGCUUGAUGCUAUAUGUGAAGCGUGUCCCGGUUUGAUAAAUGCUUUAUAUGAGUUGGCGAAGCUGAAGUUUUUGUUUGGGUAUGCGAGUGACGCUCAGAAGUUGGCGCAGCAGGUCAAUGAACUGGACAGUACACACGCGGGCAGUCAGGUCCUCAUGGCCCAGAUAUUGGUACAGCAGCAAGCUUAUACUAAAGCUGCACAGAGUUUGGAAAUGUGCUUGAGUUAUAACUUCAAAGUACGAGACAGUGCAAUGUACCACCUCCUCAAUGGAGUAAUUCUAAAAAGUGUGGGUCAGCUAAAGGAGUCUCUGUCUAGUUUCCUAACUAGUCUGCAAAUUGCGACGAACAAGAACGUGGUUGGAAACGUAAACAGGGCGUAUGAGUCCGAUCUAAACAUUAUUGAUAAAGCUACUUUGUAUUUACAAAUAAUUGAAAUACAAACACAGUUGGAACAGUUUGCUGAAGCUGGGAAAACAAUGCAGGAAGCAAUACAAGAAUUUUCGUACACAUCCGAAGAAAGCCGACUGCUAAUCGCUAGGGCUGAUUUGGCCCUCAAGAAAGGAGACGUAGACAGUGCGAUAGACCUUCUCAACGAGAUCAAACCGGGCCAGCCCUACUACUUCCAAGCCCAUAGCAAAAUGGCCCAUAUCUAUUUGAAGGAGAAGAAUGAUCGGGCUAUGUUUACUUCGUGUUUUAAAGAGAUCGUGAGCAACCAUCCUAUGGCUGAUGCUCGCACUAUGAUGGGCGACGCUUAUAUGUCGAUACAUGACCCGACUCAAGCAGCAGAAGCGUACGAGGCAGCUUUGAAGAGCAAUCCAAAGGACGUGCAGCUGGUGAGGAAGCUGGGAGUGGCUCUCGUGAAGAUGCAUGAGUACGACAAGGCGUGCCACCAUUAUGAGAGCGCUAUCAGAAUACUCAAUGAUGAGGACUUGCAGUUUGAGUACUAUGAACUUCUUAUAAAGCUCAAACAAUAUGACAAAGUGGAAUCAUCAAUAUCAUCAGAACUAAACCAGAUGUACAACAGAGACAAGGAUAUCAACCAAUUGAAGCGUCGCGUGCGAUUGUUACUAAUGCAAGCUAAAGGCCGGGAGCUAAAGAACCCGACAUCAGCUAACGUGAACCUCUUACUAGCUGAAGCGAAAGAUUUGCAGACGACUUUGGUGAAGAGAAUAGAGAUUGACUCGAGAGGAGAUAUUCAAGAAGAGAAGCAGCAGUUGUCUAACAUACUCUGUGCUUUGGCCAAAGCUAAGUCUUUGAAGGAACCGGCUGUGGCAGCUAAUUUGUACUCUGAAGCGCUGGUCCAUGCCCCUAGGGACCCUGAUACGCUGUUGGCGUUGGCUAAAUUGUAUGCUAAUAUAAAUAACCCCGAGAAAUGCGAACAGACUUGCGCAGUUCUUUUGAAUACGGACCCUAACAAUGAAUCCGCAGCUGUUAUGAUGGCUGACCUUGCAUUUAGGAAGGUGGACUUAGAAGCGGCCCAGCGCCACUUGAAUCAGAUCCUAUCAGUGAAACCAAUGAGUUGGGAAGCUUUCGCGCAGCUGAUAGAAGUACAGUGGCGACGUGGAAGACUGUCUGAUGCUGAACAGGCAUUGGAGGCUGCUAAGACGGCUUUGGGAGAACAAGAGGAUCCUGGUUACUGGUAUUGCGCGGGCGUAUGCAACGCGUACUGGGGCCGCGCGAACGCGGCGCUGCGGCAGCUGAACCAGGCGCGGCGCGGCGCGCGCUGGGGGGGCCGCGCCGCGCGCCGCAUGGUCCUGCUCUGUCUCGCGCACCACGCGCCCCUCGCCGCGCACGACUCCUUCAUCGCCGCGCCGCUGCACUCGGAGACCAGACUACUGGCGCUAAAAACAGCAGAGAAACUGCUAGGAGAAGUGCCACCGCUGGACCGCAAGUCGUUACAAGCGAUGUUGCAACUGGCCACCAAACAGAAGCCUCAAGCGGAGAAGGUACUACAAGACCUACUGCCAUUAGCCACCGAAGACAACUACCAAGAUGAUCCAUACUUAAUCCUAGCUAUAGCUAAUGCAUACAACAUCAUAAAACAACCCACUCGAGCGAAGAAUAUACUGAAAAGGACGAUUUCUACUAUACCCUGGUCUCCUGAGAAAGCGGAUGGUUUGGAAAAAUGUUGGCUGGAAGUAGCAGAUGGUCAGAUAAGUUCUGGCAGAUUGGAUGCGGCAAAGGAACUGCUGACUAAAGUGUUGAACCAUAACAACUCUUGCGCAGCUGCGUAUCAGUACUUAGGCUACUUAGCAGAAAAAGAUCAGAACUACAAGAGCGCUGCCCAUAACUACAACAAUGCGUGGACUCACGGUGGCAAGAGCGAUCUAGCAGUUGGAUACAAACUGGCUCACGCGUACCUCAAGCUCAAAAAGUACCCAGAAUGCAUCGUUGUCUGCCGACAUAUACUCAAAGUACACCCAGAUUAUCCAAAAAUUAAAAAAGAAAUAUUAGAAAAAGCUAAAACUAAUUUGAGAACUUAAAAAUUAUCAUGUACUUAAACCACCCCGUUCCUACUAUUACUGUAUUUAAUUUAAAUGCAUUUAGGGGUUUUCUAUUUCAAUGCCAGAUAAUUUUAUCAGAGCAAUAAUUUUCAAUUUUAAACAUGUCUUCUAUACAAUAACUGACAGAUGUCAAUUUUAUUCUAUGAAUAAAAAAUAUCUGUUGAUUGAAAAAUGAGACCCAAUCAAAUUAUUUGUUUCAAAGUACGUCUUUGGUCUAUAUUAAACUUGCGUCAUCCGUCCAUUGCGUUUGUUCAAGAACGAAAAUCUGUAAAUUUUCUAAUUUACCGUUAUUAUUUACAUUUAUAUCGACUUUUAAUAAGAAUAUUGUACAAUAAAGCUAAGAAAAAUAAAAAACCGUGUGUAACAUGCAUAAA